AUUUCAGGUCCUGGUGGGUAAAUGCAGCCGGCCCUCCCAGGGCUGUGACUGUGCCUGUUGCUGUCAGCCCCACCGAGAAAGCAGGCAUGAAGGACAGGGAUGUUACUCUACAAUUUGCUAUAAACCCACGAUAAUUGGAUUUCUGUAUAAGCAGUGAAUAUGUCAAGUGUUGAGUCAUUUAUCAGAAUCAUUACCUGCUGCAGGCCAGUAGAAUGGACUGGUUUCUUGAUUAGGGCCAUUGGCCUUUGUGGCAUUGAAGGGGUAAAGACAUUUGAAAAUUUCAAGUUCUGGAGAAUCCCAUGAAAAGCAUAUUUUAAAGGAAUAGUGUUUGGACUGUGACAAGAAGAAAAUAUUAAGGAACAUUGUUUACAAGAUCCCAGUCUCUGCACCCCCUCUUCUCAUGAGGCACUGAAGAAGGGAGCCUUUACAAUGGCCACAGCUGUGCAACCGAAUGAGCUGGUGUUUGAGUUUGCAAGCAAUGUCAUGGAGGACGAGCAUCAGCUUGGGGACCCUUCUAUUUUUCCGGCUGUCAUUGUUGAGCACAUUCCAAAUGCAGAUCUCCUGCACACCUACUCGGGUCUAACCUGUGUUGAUGAACCAAACGACAUUAUCACAGAAAACUCGCUGGAUGUAGCAGAGGAACAGAUUAUUGAUGAUGAUGACCUCACUCUUACAGUUGAAGCAUCUUGCCUUUCGGUUGAAACAUCCUGUAAUGAGGACGAGACUAUGGAGACAAUUGAAGCUGCAGAGGCACUACUAAAUAUGGAUUCUCCUGAUCCUAUGCUGGAUGAAAAAAGGCUUGCUAACAUCUUUGGUUCAGCUGAUGAUGACCUCCUGAACACUCCUAUUACCCACGUCUCUGUCACUGUUGACGGAAUCCCAGAGGUGAUGGAAAUUAACCAGAACUUUUACGAAGAGAAUCUAGAAUGUCAUUUACAGGAACAACCCAAGAGAAAAAAAGGGCGAAAACCGAGAAAUCCUCGUCCUGAAUCUCCCACCACCACCCCAAAUAUAUCUGUCAAAAAGAAAAACAAAGAUGGUAAAGGAAAUACAAUUUAUUUGUGGGAGUUUUUGCUGGCUUUGCUUCAAGAUAAAGCGACUUGCCCAAAGUACAUUAAGUGGACACAGAGAGAAAAGGGCAUUUUCAAACUGGUAGACUCGAAAGCUGUUUCCAGACUGUGGGGUAAACAUAAGAACAAGCCUGACAUGAAUUAUGAGACAAUGGGCAGAGCCCUCAGGUAUUAUUACCAAAGGGGAAUUUUAGCCAAAGUAGAAGGUCAACGGCUUGUCUAUCAGUUUAAAGAAAUGCCAAAGGAUUUGGUAUAUAUAGAUGAGGAGGACUCUAGCUCCAGUGCAGAAUACACUGGGAAUUUGUCUUCAGAUUUCUCCUUGCAGCACUCUGCAGUUACAACUCCCACCAGGAACCAAGCACGGGUACCCAAAGGCUCUUCCAACAAUGCAUCAAGGGCCAGUUCAGCCACAGUUCUAAAAAAUGGAUCUUCUAAAGCUUUGAAGUUGAAAGAGGAAAUAGAUCCAGCCCAGCAACAAAUCUCCUUGAUGCCAUCAGAUUUAUUGAGGACAAUUCAAGCUUCUCCGGUAACACAACCACACCCAACUCAGUUAUAUCGGACAGUGCAUUUAAUGCAGCCUGGACAAGCUAUCCAAGAACAAACCAUAACUUGCACAAUUCAGAAUGACAGCUUGCCUGGUGCUCAGACUGUAAGAACUAUACAGUCUCCAGGACAAGUACCAGUUGUGGUGUCUUCAGGAAAUCAGCAGCUGCACACAGUAACACUCCAAACAGUGCCUCUUACCACAGUCAUAACAAGCACAGAUCCAGUCACGGGAGCAGGGUCACAGAAAUUUAUAUUACAGGCCAUGCCUUCAGUCCAGCCUAUGACAGUACUUAAAGAAAACAUGGUGCUACAACCCCAAAGAACAGGUUCACCGCCUCCAUCAGUUGUCCUGAGCCCAAGCCAGGUACAGCAGGUUUUCACUGGCAAUGUUCAGAGUCUUUGUAAUGGAACUGUCAGUGUGCCUUCAUCUCCAACCUUCAGUGCAAAUACUCCAGUCAUGAGCUUUUCCACCAGCAGUUCACCUCUGCUCACCCAACCUACAGGAACAUUCAUCACAUCUGUAAUCAAGUCGCCUGAAAGCAAACAGACACUUCUUCCUCUAUCUAGCACUCAAGGGCUGCAGGAGGGAACACCAGAGCCUGCUGAGCAGACUGAGCACAAGUAUCAGCCUCCAUGUGUGUUGGUAGUUGCCAGUCCUAACGGGUUUCCUUCUCCAUUGGAAAUCAAACAAGAAAAUGACCUAUGGGCUUUUGACUCAAAAUAACAAACCAAACCUUUUAUAUUUAAUAUGUUGUUCCAAAUGUGAUAGGUUCUUCCUCAACUGCAUCUAUUUUUUUAAUUCAAAGCGUCUAUUUUUCCCCGCUCUUCUUGUUUCCUAAUAACAUUCAAUUUCAGUUCAGUAGAGUUUGAGUUUAACAUGAGCUUUGUUGGUUUAUCUGCCACAGAAAUCCGGAACAUUCAUUUGAAUAUCGUUUUACUAUACCAAUUGUUUCAGACACAAACCUUGAAGGAAUAUAUUUUUGUCAGUCUUUUAAUGUGUUUGUAUAAGCUGUGUAUUCUGUACAUUCUAUGUUGUUAGCCUGUAAAUAAGUGACCAGCAUAUCUGUGCUUUAUGGGGGUUGAGCCGUUUUUUGCUUCAUGCUCUGUUUUUAGAUGACUACAGGCCAUCUUGGAGUACACCAAUAUUUUCUUUGUAUAAACCAAAUGUCCAGAAUGAUCAGAGAAAAGGAAAUGUAAAUAUUCUAUGCAGAAAGGAAAUACAACAUUGCUGUUGUAAUGCACUGUUCAAAAAGGCAUUGGAUUUCCUUUUCAGUCAGAUUUGUAACAGUUCAACAACUGAAAUUCAGUUGACUUUACCUUAGCAGUAACUACUGUGCCUUAGUUUGAAUAAAAACUAUAAAGAUGCAUUAAAAACAUUACAGGUGUUGCAGACAGAAUUUAAAGAGAUGAAAUACGUUUUUUAUUACAUGUAAAUAUUGUAUAUUAUCUGCAACUCUGGAAAAAAUAUAUAAAGGGCAGUUCGCCUUCACGCCACUUAUUGUUUUCAUAUAGUAUACCACAAAUAAUGACUUUUUCCCCCAAUGCUUUUUAUUAUUUUUAUGAUUUUUCUAGAUGUUUUUUAGAAUUGGUUUCAUUUUCCUCCUCCACUCGAAAUUGUCGAAAUGUUGUACAUUGAUUGAUACAAUCCUCAGCAGCAUCAGAGAAAUACCAGCAACAAAUAUAUUGACUGUGAACGUUGCUCUGUGACAGUUUAGUAAAGCUCAGGGAGCAUGCUCAAAAGAGCUGAGUCUGGUAUGUAACAAUGAAUGUAUAAAAUUGUAACAGUUUAGAGAGCCGGUAGAAUAAGCCUUGCUUGCUGACUGGGUAACUGGAGAUGGAGAAGACAAAUGUAACCAUUUUUAAGACUUUACCUUUAAAAAAGGGAAAAAACAAGCAAAUAAAAUGAAAGCACUGGGAAAAAAAGUCAUUAUUUGUAGUGAUUUUAUUUAAAAGUUUUGUGAAAGCGAACUGCCCCCUUAAUAAAACUAAUUUCUGUUUCUUAAAAUAGUUUAAGGAAAAAAAUCACAUUUUAUAGCCUCAAGAGAUCACUUCUAUGUUUAGAUUUAAAAUGCUAUAUGUAUUGAUAGACAUUGAAUUUGUAUUUAAAAAAAAUUAAAUGUUGGAACACCUUU